UCUCUGGCAGGUUUCACAAUGAGCACACGGCUGGAUCUGCACAAGAGAAUCGUUGGUGGUGAACCGUGUGAGCGUCAGUACCAUGUGAAACUGAGAGCGGCUGCUAGUGGAUCCUCCAACCUGUGUGGUGGCACUCUGAUUGGUGACCGCUGGGUUUUGACUGCAGCUCACUGUUUGAAGCCAGGAAGGAGUUUGUUUGCAGAGUUGGUUUUGAAUGCAGGGGAUCCAGCAGAAGAGUUACAAAUCACAGCAGAACCUGUCAUCUACACAGACAACGAGGACAGGUCCCAUGAUAUCAUGCUGCUGCAGCUGCCAAAACCCUCUGGUGUUCCACCUGUUGCUCUCCCUGACUGUGAACAUCGCCCUGAAAUGGUUGAGAUCGCAGGUCAUGCUGCCACUACAGGGGGCCCUGGGGAUAAAAGGAAACCCGGUGCAUCGCCUGCCCUCCACUGUGCAGACAUUAACGUUGUUGAUUGUAAAGACCUCGUUAAUACUCUGCAGAAAGAUUUCCCAGAGGCCUACCCGGUUAAAGCGUAUCAACACUGGUUCUGCGGUCAAGCACGUGGCAAGGAUAUAUGUUACGGAGAUUCUGGUGGAGUAGCUGUGUACAAAGACAUGAUUUAUGGCGUCAUUUCUUUUCUGGGUGAUCCUUACUAUGUAUGUAGAAGAGCUGCAGCAUUCAUGGACCUCUGCGACCCAGAAUACGCUGCAUGGAUCAAACAAACAAUUGCCUGAGAUGUCUACAUUGGGAUAGACUCUUUCAUAAUUAAAGCUCGAAGCUACACUUUGUGUGUUUUCUGAAUUUUUUCCAACACAGAAAAUGUUGUCAUACAUAUUAGAUCAAAAAAAAAAUUGUAUCUGUUUGGAAAUAAAUGGGGAAGUCUCCAUCCUAAAGAAA